UCACGUGAUCGCGCGGGGCACGUGGCCCGGCUGCCAAAAUGGCCGCGCCCACCCGGCUGCGGCGCUGCCUCCUCCCGCUGCUGCUGGGAAUGGGAAUGGCAGCGGCCGCCGGCACCCCCGGCACCCCCGGCACCGGCGACUGCGGCUGCAGCGCCAGCCGGGCCGCCGGGGACGCGCGGGAGGCGGCGGCGUGGCGCUACUCGGCGGCGGCGUGGCGCUACUCGGCGGCGGCGGCGGGCAACGAGCGGAGCGCUGGGAGCGGGCCGAUGGUGCCCAUCCCGGGGGGCACGUUCACCAUGGGCACGCGGGAGCCGGGGAUCCCGCAGGACGGGGAGGGCCCUGCCCGCAGCGUGCGCCUCCGCGCCUUCCUCAUGGACCAGUACGAGGUCAGCAACCGCCACUUCCAGAGCUUCGUCACCGCCACCGGAUACGUCACCGAGGCAGAGAAAUUUGGCGACUCCUUUGUGUUUGAGGGGAUGCUGAGUGAGGCAGUGAAGGCUGACAUCCACCAAGCAGUGGCAGCUGCUCCCUGGUGGCUGCCUGUGAAAGGAGCCAGCUGGAAGCACCCCGAGGGCCCUGGCUCCAGCAUCUCCAGCAGGAUGGACCAUCCCGUGGUGCACGUUUCCUGGAACGACGCCGUGGCCUUCUGCGCGUGGGCGGGGAAGCGCUUACCCACCGAGGCCGAGUGGGAGUACGGCUGUCGGGGGGGCCUGGAAAACAGGCUCUUCCCAUGGGGCAACAAAUUGCAGCCCAAAGGACAACACUAUGCCAACAUCUGGCAGGGAGAAUUCCCCACCAAUAACACUGCAGAGGAUGGGUACAAGGGGACUGCACCUGUCUCUGCCUUUCCCCCCAAUGGGUUCGGCCUCUACAACAUGGUGGGGAACGCCUGGGAGUGGACGUCUGACUGGUGGGCUGUGCACCACUCCCCACAGGACCUGCACAACCCUAAUGGGCCGUCCUCGGGCACGGACAGAGUGAAGAAGGGUGGAUCCUACAUGUGCCAUAAGGGGUCUCAUGGAAUUUAUGAAGAGCAACACCUGAUGUUCCUAAGGACCUCUUUUUGCUUAGCUUGGAAUUAAAACAAUCCUACUGCUACAGGUACCGCUGUGCAGCCCGGAGCCAGAACACCCCCGACAGCUCCGCGUCCAACCUGGGCUUCCGCUGCGCCGCCGACGCCGCGCCGGGGCCGCGCUGACACCGCGCUGACACCGCGCUGACACCGCGCUGACACCGCGCUCCCGGGGCUCAGGAGGGGCUGCAGCCACCCCAGGGACAGGGAAUGUCAGCAGCCUCCCUUGCUGAUGGCACAGAAUGGAAAAACCUUGCUGGAAGUUCCUGCUGAGGGGAGAAAAACCAGCACGGCUCGGCAGCGCUGAGAACCUUCGUGUUCAUGAGCAACCUGGGCUGGGUUGAGAUCCUGACCAGUUGGAAUCAACUGGAACAAAACUGAGCAGAAACAGGCCAAUGAUGUUUGCAAAGGUUACUUAAUCCCAGAAUUACUUAGGCUGGAAAAGACCUCCAGAAUUGUUGAGUCCAACCCCUGACUGAUCAUCACCCUGUCAACUACAGCAGCUCCUCUUUAGAUAAGAUCUUUAUUAAUUUUAUUUAUGUAGAGCUUCUACACUCAAAUGCAAUAAGCAAAGACUAUAAACUUCUAGACAGCUUUAAAAGAAUUUCUAGGCAGCUUUGAGAGAGAAUGAAGGAGUCAGGGAUGAGGGCUGGGAACUGACAGCUCUCCCCACAGGCAGCUUGUCCUUUGUUACAUUCCACUUGCAGUGAAAAUCAUGUCCAGAAAUGGCUUCUUCUGGGAAAUAUUUGCUGAUCUUUAGGAAGUGCCUUCUGCAGCUGAGGGUGAUGGUCCUCAGGCUGAUGAUGAUUAGAAAUCUUGUACAUAUUUGAAUAAAAUGUCAAGAAUUUGUUUAUGCCAAAGACUUUUAUUGAUGGAAAAACACAAUUUCCUUUGCAUUUCUUGGAUGCGAUGUAAGCUUAUUUUAAGGACUUGGAAAAUGCAAAACUGGCCUCAUUAGAAACUGAAGCUAAUGAAUGAUUCCACUUGAAUAAAAGUCAUGGAAGUGAUGGCAGAUGGAACUGUGAGCCCUAAGGCCUAAUAGGGUGAAUUUCUAAACUGUUAUGUUGGAAACAAAAUUCCUCACUGAGAAGGAGAGGAAUUUUAGCAAGUAAGAAGGGAAAUGGGAGUAAUUGAAAGCAACCUUGUUUGGGGAUCUGAAUGUAACUGUGGAUUAUGAAAAGCCUCGGCAGUGAGGCUGUCCCUGCCAGUGCUGUCUUUGCUGUAGAAAGUUUGGUUUAAUGCAAAUCCAUCACCUGCCAGCUCCUUCUGCACUGGUUUCAUGUUGAAAGAAUGACCAAGAAGAAGGCCUGGGCAGCCCUUCACCAAACACCAGCCUCCAGUGGGGCCCAG